GUAAAAAUAAAAAGAAAUAAAGUUUUUGAGAGAAAAAAGAAAGAAAGUUGAAAUUCAUAAUAAUAAUAUUUUACAGAUUCAUUAUAAUAUUUUUUUAAAAAUCCGAAAAUGCUCCAAUAACUUGUUUUCUCGCAGUGUCACCGUCGUCGUUGAAGUCCCAAUUCUCCGUCGUCUUCUUCUUCUUUCAUAACCACCGUGACGCUGAUUCAAAUCCGAUCCAAUCUAUCGAUUGAACGCCGCAGCAUCAAUGUCAGGGGCAGCUUCUGCUCUGUUCCUCCUCGACAUCAAAGGCCGCAUCCUCGUCUGGCGUGACUACCGCGGCGACGUCUCCGCCAUCGAAGCCGAACGUUUCUUCACCAAACUCAUCGAUAAACAGGCUGAUGAACAGUCUCAAGAUCCCGUUGUUUACGAUAACGGUGUUACCUAUAUGUUCAUACAACAUAGCAAUAUCUAUCUCGUCGUUGCGGCGAGACAAAACUGUAAUGCCGCAAGUCUUCUCUUCUUCCUGCAUCGAUUAGUUGAUGUGUUUAAACAUUAUUUUGAAGAAUUAGAAGAGGAAUCACUUAGGGAUAACUUUGUUGUUGUGUAUGAGCUACUUGAUGAAAUUAUGGACUUUGGUUACCCUCAGUAUACCGAGGCAAAAAUUCUUAGUGAGUUUAUUAAGACUGAUGCUUAUAGAAUGGAAGCUACUCAGAGACCUCCUAUGGCUGUUACUAAUGCCGUGUCUUGGCGAAGCGAAGGGAUAAGUUACAAGAAAAAUGAGGUUUUCUUGGAUGUGGUGGAGAGUGUUAAUAUACUCGUCAAUAGCAAUGGACAGUUAAUUAGAUCCGAUGUUGUUGGUGCGCUAAAGAUGAGAACAUUUUUAAGUGGUAUGCCCGAGUGUAAACUUGGUUUAAAUGAUAGAGUGUUAUUAGAGGCACAGGGUAGAACAACCAAGGGAAAGGCAAUAGACUUGGAGGACAUCAAAUUUCAUCAGUGUGUCCGAUUGGCUCGAUUUGAAAAUGACCGAACAAUCUCUUUCAUACCUCCUGAUGGGUCAUUUGAUCUGAUGACAUACAGGCUCAGUACACAGGUUAAGCCUUUAGUUUGGGUGGAAGCAAAUGUUGAAAAGCACUCAAAGAGCCGGAUUGAAAUUAUGGUAAAAGCCAGGAGUCAGUUUAAGGAACGUAGCACUGCCACAAAUGUUGAGAUUGAGUUGCCCGUGCCUGUUGAUGCAACCAAUCCUAAUGUUCGAACGUCAAUGGGGUCUGCAUCAUAUGCACCUGAAAAAGAUGCAUUGAUUUGGAAAAUUAGAUCCUUCCCUGGAGGCAAGGAGUAUAUGUUAAGAGCAGAGUUUCGCCUUCCCAGUAUAACAGACGAGGAAGCAGCUCCUGAGAGAAAAGCUCCUAUACGCGUGAAAUUUGAGAUACCGUAUUUUACUGUUUCUGGAAUACAGGUAAGAUAUUUGAAGAUUAUUGAGAAGAGUGGGUAUCAAGCUCUUCCAUGGGUGAGAUACAUAACAAUGGCAGGAGAGUAUGAACUAAGGCUUAUUUAAGAUUUGUAUCUGUUUUUGGUAACUUCAAACAGGUGGAUGGGGGUGGAAUUCUUUAGAAAAGUUAGAAUUUAUUUGGCCAAAUAUCUUUCUCUUCAUGAUAAUCAUUUUGGCAACAGAUUGUAAGUUGCUCACUGUCUAUAAAGUUCACACCAAAUAUCAGGAAUUCGUAAGCGAGCCUGUACCUCGUGUGCAAGUCCUUUCGCUCUUGUUGGUAAAAUGUUUAUUUUUAAUCCCCUUUUUGUUGUUUA